AUGAAUCCGAUUGAAACCCAAGAACAAACUAUGGAUAUUUCCGAAGAUAAUGAACCAAUUUUUGAAGAUUAUGAUGAUGAUACUAUAGAUAUUUUAAAGAUUAAUCCAAUAUUUCAUACAAAUGCCUUUAUUAAACAAAUAGAUGUUAAUUUUCAAGUAUCUGUGUUUCUUAGAAGACUAGCCAUUAAAGGAGAUAUUUUUACCACAUCUAGUUUGUUUGGAAUCUCAGAAGGAACUGUUAUUCUAUAUACAAAUCGUAUAAUAAAGGCUAUUUUAGAGACAAAAAAUAAUUAUGUCAAAUGGCCAGUUGAACAAUAUAGACAUGAGAUAUUAGGUGGGUUUCAACAAAUUGGUGGGUUUCCAAAUGUAAUAGGAGCAAUUGAUGGAACACACAUCAAUUUAACAAAUGCUCCUUCUAAAGACCCAGAAGUUUUUUUUAAUCGUAAAAAAAGAUACUCAAUACAAUGCCAGGCUAUAGUUGACUAUAGAGGAAUAUUCACCAAUUAUUUAAUUGGCUGGCCAGGCAUUUCUCAAACCUCUACACAAAUUCAAUUUAAUCAACUUCACUCUAAACAUAGAAUAGUUGUAGAGCAUGCAUUUGGCAGACUUAAAUCUAGAUUUGUUGCACUAAGAGAAUUAAAUGUUAAAAGUAUCAAAAUGGCUGUUAGAUUGACAGAAUGUGCUAUAAUCUUGCAUAAUUUUUUAGAGUUAAAUGGGGAAAUUUGGGAUGAAGGAGCAGAUGUGAAUGAUUAUAAUGACAAUGAUGCAAACUUGGUCAUGGAAUGUGAAAGUGAAUUGGGGUUGAAAAGAGCAGGAGAAGAAAAAAGAAAUCAAUUAAUUAAUUUUCUAAGAAUUUAA